CUGUAACUCAUUCCAGGAUCAGUUCAGUUGCGUCUCAGUGGGUUUUGUUCAGACUGCAGAAUAUUCAUCUUCAACUCUUUGGACUGUUUGAAGAAACUAUGAAGGUGUGUGUGUGAGCUGAUGUGGACGUAAAUUCAGUAGAAUGGACCAGUGUGAGGACGGAGAGGAGGGAGUCCCUCUCUCUAAAACCUCUCUGUGUGGAGAACAUGAGAGUCUGAGCAAAGCUCAGAGGAAUCAACCUGGACCUGGACCUGGACCUGGACCUGGACCUGGACCUGGACCUGGACCUGGACCUGGACCUGGACCUGGACCUGGACCCAGCUGUGUGUCCUUGAAGAGUGACCGGUCAAAAGUCUUACUAAUUGAAUUUAAAGGAGACCAAGGUUCUGCUGUAAAUAAGGUCCAUCAGAAAAGAGACUCUCUUGAACUUGAACCCAGCUGUUUGUCCUUGAAGAGCGACCAGUCAAAGGAAUAUAUUAUUAACUUUAAAGGAGACCAAGGUUCUUCUUCAGAGAGAGUGGACCAGCAGAGCUCAGAGCCUCCCAGCGGUCCGUCUGUCCAGCAGCAUCAGACACAUCUGGACUCCAUAUUUCUGCUGCUGGAGGACAACAUUGUCAUGUUUGUGAAGAAUGAGCUGAAGAAGAUCCAGAGGGGUCUGAGUCCAGAUUACCCAGAAUCCCUCGAGCAUGUGUUGCAGGGUGAGGAUGAAGAGCAGAGGAGGAGCAGCAGAGAGGCGUUUGUGAAGAUCACAGUGAACUUCCUGAGGAGAAUGAAGCAGGAGGAGCUGGCUGAGCGUCUGCAGAGCAGUACUUUUGCUGAAGUUUGUAAAAAGCAGCUGAAGUCUAAGCUGAAGAAGAAGUGCCAGUGUGUGUUUGAGGGGAUUAUUAAAGCAGGAAACCCAACCCUUCUGAAGCAGAUCUACACAGAGCUCUACAUCACAGAGGGAGGGACUGGAGAGGUCAACGAUGAACAUGAAGUCAGACAGAUUGAAGUAGCAUCCAGGAAACCACACAGAGCAGAAACAACCAUCAGACAGGAAGACAUCUUUAAACUCCCACCUGGAAGAGAUGAACCAAUCAGAACGGUGAUGACGAAGGGAGUGGCCGGCAUCGGGAAAACAGUCCUAACACAGAAGUUCAGUCUGGAUUGGGCUGAAGGCAGAACCAACCAGGACAUCCAGUUACUGCUUCCAUUCACCUUCAGAGAGCUGAAUGUGCUGAAAGACAGAAAGUUCAGCUUGGUGGAACUUGUUCGUCACUUCUUCACUGAAACCAGAGAAAUCUGCAGCUUUGAAGAGUUCCAGGUCGUGUUCAUCUUUGACGGUCUGGAUGAGAGUCGACUUCCUCUGGACUUCCACAACAAUGAGGUCCUGACUGAUGUUACAGAGUCCACCUCGGUGGAUGUGCUGCUGACAAGCCUCAUCAGGGGGAACCUGCUUCCUUCUGCUCAUCUCUGGAUCACCACACGGCCCGCAGCAGCCAAUCAGAUCCCUCCUGAGUGUGUCUCCAUGGUGACAGAGGUCAGAGGGUUCACUAACCCACAGAAGGAGGAGUACUUCAGGAAGAGGUUCAGAGAAGAGGAGCAGACCAGCAGGAUCAUCUCCCACAUCAAGACAUCUCGAAGCCUCCACAUCAUGUGCCACAUACCAAUCUUCUGCUGGAUCACUGCUACAGUCCUGGAGAACGUCCUGGAGAACGUCCUGGAGAACGUCCUGGAAACCAGAGAGGGAGGGGGGCUGCCCAAGACCCUGACUGAGAUGUACAUCCACUUCCUGGUGGUCCAGGCCAAACUGAAGAAUGUCAAGUAUGAUGGAGGAGCUGAGACGGAUCCACACUGGAGUCCAGAGACCAGGAAGAUGGUGGAGUCUCUGGGAAAACUGGCUUUUGAGCAGCUGCUGAAAGGAAACCUGAUCUUCUAUGAACCAGACCUGAGAGAGUGUGACAUCAAUAUCAGAGAAGCCUCAGUGUACUCAGGAGUGUUCACCCAGAUCUUUAGAGAGGAGAGCAGCCUGUACCAGGACCAGGUCUUCUGCUUUAUCCAUCUGAGUGUUCAGGAGUUUCUGGCUGCUCUGCAUGUCCAUCAGACCUUCAUCAAGUCUGGAGUCAACCUGCUGGAGGAUCAAAAAGACACAGAGACAGACCUCUAUCAGAGUGCUGUGGACAAGGCCUUACAGAGUCCCAACGGACACCUGGACUUGUUCCUGCGCUUCCUCCUGGGUCUUUCACUGGAGACCAAUCAGACUCUCCUACGAGGUCUGUUGGAACCAAAACAAAGAAGUUCACAUAACAAUCAGGAAACAGUUGAAUACAUCAAGCAGAAGAUCAGUGAGGAUCUGUCUGCAGAGAGAAGCAUCAACCUGUUCCACUGUCUGAAUGAACUGAAUGAUGGUUCUCUGGUGGAGGAGGUCCAACGGUCCCUGAGGUCUGGACGUCUCUCGACAGAUGAACUGUCUCCUGCUCAGUGGUCGGCUCUGGGCUUCAUCUUACUGUCAUCAGAAGAAGAUCUGGAGGUGUUUGACCUGAAGAAGUUCUCAGUUUCAGAGGACUUUCUACGGAGGCUGCUGCCGGUGGUCAAAGCCUCGAAGAAAGUUGUGUUGAGUGGUUGUAACCUCUCAGAGGACAUCUGUCCAGUUCUGUCCUCAGUUCUCAGCUCUCAGUCCUCCAGUCUGACAGAACUGGACCUGAGUAACAACCACCUGCAGGAUUCAGGACUGAAGAAGCUGUGUCCUGGACUGGAGAGUCCACACUGUCACCUGGAGUCUCUCAGGCUGUCAGGCUGUCUGAUCGCAGAGGAAGGCUGUGCUUCUCUGGUCUCAGCUCUGAGCUCCAACCCCUCCCAUCUGAGAGAGCUGGAUCUGAGCUACAACCAUCCAGGAGAGUCAGCAGGGAAGCUUCUGUCUGCUGGACUGGAGGAUCCCUGCUGGAGACUGGACACUCUCAGGGUGGAGCCUGCUGGACAACGAUGGUUGACACCAGGUCUGAGGAAGUAUUCCUGUCAACUCACCAUCGACACAAACACAGUAAACAACUACAUCAAACUGUCUGACAACAACAGGAAGAUGACAAGUGUGGAGGAGGAUCAGUCAUAUCCUUAUCAUCCAGACAGGUUUGAUUACAAUUAUCAGCUGCUGUGUAGAGAAGUUCUGACGGGUCGCUGUUACUGGGAGGUCCAGUGGAGAGGAAGAGUUUCUGUAUCAGUGAGUUACAGAAGAAUCAGCAGGAAAGGAAGCUCUGAAGAAUGUGUGUUUGGAAAGAAGGAUCAUUCCUGGAGUCUGGACUGUUCUGAUGGUGGUCGGUACUCUGUCUGGCACAAUAACAGAGAAACAUAUUGGUCCUCCUCUUCCUCAGUCUCUGACAGAGUAGCAGUGUAUGUGGACGUUCCUGCUGGAACUCUGUCCUUCUACAGCGUCUCCUCUGACAUACUGAUCCACCUCCACACCUUGAACACCACAUUCACUGAACCUCUCUAUCCCGGGUUCAGGUUCUGGCCUGGUUCUGGUUGUUCAGUGUCUCUGUGUUGAGUUCAGUCUCAAGAGUCUCCUCCUGUCAGAGAAACUGUCUCUGUUGGACAGAUAGUUGAGUCUGUACAUGUCUGUCUCUGUCUCCAUCAGAACACCUGAAUCACAUGUUGGUGAAACUGUUCUGAAUGAUUCCUUGGAAACUUCUUCCUCUUCCAGUCCUUUAAAGGUGGAAGCUGUCGUUAUUCCAGGAUCCACAUGUUGUUCUUCUGUCUGUUUCCAGUCAGAGCUUCACAGUGAACAGCAGCAUGUUGUUUCUCUGCAGCUCAGUUCAGCUGAGAUCAGUCAGUUCAUGUCAGCUGCAGUUAGUUUGCUGCACAUGUGACCAACUGUGAUGUCAGACAGGAAUCAUUGAGCUGCUUUACUGUAAUUAUUUUUAUGCACAUUUGUCGGUAGAAUGAGAAAUCAACAACAAUAACAUGCUUAUAUGGUUCCUAGAGUGUAGAAUAAGAACUGGACAAACCCUCCAUGAUGUCACUCGUGGGUUUUCUGAAGAGGGGUUUUAAAGCCUCGUCUUCCUCGUACUGCGCCGCUCCAUGUUGUAAACGGGAAGAACAAACUGGUCUGGAAGCUGCUGCAACACUAACUAAAUCAUGAUCACCGACCUUUGUGAACUGAGAGCUACUUCAAGGAUCCUGAACAACAAGAAAGACUACUUGCUCGAUUGAACUUUUUGAAUAAAGUUCUCCUUUGACAAUAUUUGAUAUUCACUCAUUAAAAGCGCUGCCUCAACAUUUUCUCACAUUAGUUAUCAAAUUGACUUAUGAUAGGAAACAUAUUUCAGCAUGAAACAUUUUUUUUUUUUAAUCUCAAUUUAAUUUGGUCCAAUUUUCAAAUGAUCACUUCUGUAACAUUUAAGUAGCAAAUCAUGAACGUCUUCAAAUCUGUCACAGAGUGGUUGGAUGAGGACCCAGAUGCAGGAGAGCGAGAGGCAGGAGUUCAACAAAAAGGGUUUAUUUUACAAAAACCAAAAGCGCUGCUUGGCAGGAUCAAAAGUAACACAAAACAGGGAUCCAAAAAACUUGAGCAAAAACUUGCCAGGACACAUGGAGGAAAGAAACAAGACAGAACCACAAGGAGCAAGGGAACGACAAGACCAGAUAUACACAAGUGGGUAACGAGACACAGGUGUGAACAAUCAGGGCAGAUGGAUGACAGGCGGGGAAAAACAGAAACACAAACUGGGGGAAAUGUCAACCACUGACACAAAUCAAGUCCCAUUUAUAGGAAACUCAACCACCAUAACACUUUUAGCAAAUCAUGAAGCCCCACAUCUGUAGAAAUGAUCAGGUAUAAAAAUAAUCAGAACUUCAAAAUCCCCACAUCUGUACUAAUAAUCAAAUAUGUAGCACUGUUCUGAAGGUUUUCAUGACAGAGGGGUUGAUUUAAGCGCAUCGAGUGCUGCUGCACUCGAUCCCACUGAGUGCUGCUUAUCGUGUAGCAGAAGAAGAGAGACAAGGAUGAGACGCUGGAUGAUGUGGAUGAAGCUGUUAUAUUACUUUGUGUCAUGAAUCUGAUGUUUGUGGUUGAGUGUGCGACCAGAGAAACGUAAGUUAUAUUGUUGUUUGUUGGAAGCACUUCUUGUUGUUAUAUUUUAUAAGUCUGGUGCUGAGUAUUUCCAGCAGUGUUAUUUACUUCGCUAAUCGUUCAAAAGUCAUUUAUACUAUGAAAUCUGAAUCUCACUGACUGUUUUCUUUGUUGCCAGUUAAAUGUGAUAGUUUCUCAUGCAUAUUAUCUCUGUAUAUGAUGUUCAUGCUAAUAAAAUUAUUAUUUGGA